UCGCAGCUUACAUUUUUAAAAUAAAUAUUAAAUUUUUAAGUUUCUCUUAAUCAUUAGUAUAUAGUUUUGAAAAUAAUUUUGAUUGGUUUUGGCAACAUUGUUGCGUAAGUUUUCCAGAUGAUCUUCCUGCGACGGUACCAUAAGUAAAUCAUAUGUACAUGUACGUACGUGUAAUUGUGGUGAGCUCCGCAGUUCGUGGGAGGUUUCUGGAGUUAGGCGAGGGCGAAUGUCGAAUUUUCUUACCGUGGGACGGAGAUGCGCGUGUCAAAAGACCGCGGGAAAAUGAAUAAUGACGAAGCGGCCAGGAAGUGAAAAAUGAUCGAAGCAAAAUGAGGAGGACGUACAACGCUGCAGCAAAUGUCCGAACGGCCGAUUGUCUCGAACAAACAAGACGUUUGCACAAGGGUAUAACAGAUAUUGCCAAGAGGUUAGAUGAACUAAAGAGUCGUGCAUUAACAGUAACAGAUUUAUUUACUCCUUCAGGGGAGACAUUACGGGUGAAGCUUAAAGAUUAUUGUGUAAGAUUAAUAACUAAAGAUCCAGUUGAGUAUGCACGUAAAAUUGAAGAAUUACUAUGGAGGAAAGCAUUUUAUGAUAUUGUUUAUGCAUCUAAAAAAUUACGAAAGGGUAAUGCAUGGAAUGAAACAGAGAAAGCAAUGUUAUAUGUCCAUCUGGCAGUAGGAGUUGGUUUUUAUCAUCAUUUAAUAUUGAAACUGCAACUAGAAUAUGAUUUAGAUCUAGUUGGUACUAUCGAUUUUGUAUUCACACAAAAUGUAACAGGAUUAUUAAAUGCAAAAAGUAAAGCCAAUCAAUCGAAACAUCAUACUGAAGAAGUGAGACAAUGUAUUAUGCGUUUAAUUCAUAGAAGUCUAGUAUGCCUUGGAGAUUUAGCUAGGUAUAAAUUGGAAUUAGAUCCAUAUUGGGAUCCAAUGAUAGCAAAAAGAUAUUAUAAAAUGGCUAUAGCAGUUGAUCCAAAUAUUGGAAUGCCACAUAAUCAACUGGGUACUAUAGCAGGCAAUAAAAAUUAUGGCCUUGAUGCAGCAUAUCAUUACAUGAGAUGCAUUUUGUGUUCUGAACCAUUUGAAGGAGCAGAAGGAAAUUUAAAAAGAGCCAUUGUUACACAUUCUGUUUGUACAGAUGAGAAAUAUCUUACACACGUUUGUAUUUCAAGAUUAUUUUCUCUCUUACAAUUGUGGGAAUAUGAUGUGCCCAAUUCUGAUCGAAUAAAUCAGGAAUGUCAGGAUCUUUUAACUAGUAUCGAAAAUUGUUUGAGUACAGAACAAUCCGAGCCAAAUGAUAUGAAUACUAAUACCAAUGAAAAUGAGAGUAAUAUUGAAAUAUAUCUACAAAACUGUAAAAAUGAGCAAACGAAUUAUUUAACAGAUGACAUGAUAUUCAAAAUUGUGGCCAUAUGUCUAAUGUCUAUUUCAAGAUUAAAAAGUAAAGAAUCUAGUGAGGUACAAGGAGUUGUUGCCAUAACUUUAGCAAUACUGUCUCAACUAAUACAGUUUACAAUAACUAGAUUACAAGAAUCUUUUAUAGAUUUGUCGCUACCCAACAUAGAGCUGUCAAAUUCGGCAGAUAAAGAUUACAACAUCAAAUCAGUAGACGUGGAAGGAAAAGAUAAUGCCAUAAAACAACUGAACUCAGAUGAAAAUAACGAAAAUAAAAUUAUAAGUGACAACAAAAUAUUUUCUGAAAAGGAAAGUUUAGAAAACAAUGGAGAUAUUCAAAAUGGUUCACGAAAAACUCGAGAUAAAACUAAAAGUUUGCUUACGAAGCUUCGAAGACGAAAACGGAGGAACAGUAGCGAUUCAGAUGCAAGUGAUGUUGAUCAUGCAACUAUGGAAUCCUCUAGCGAUGGAAUAAAUUCUGAUGUUUCUGAAACGGAGGACGACAUAUUAAGCGAAGAAAAUGCAUUAUCAGAAGAUGCAUUGUCUGAUGUUACGGAUGACGAAGGUGCAUCUGUACAAGUAAAUAAAGAAGAUACUGAUAUUUCUGAAACGCGAAACGUGAAUGGUCAUGUGGAAAUAGAAAGAAAAAAUGAAACACCCGAGAUAAUCACUGUUCAUGUGCAGAACGAUGACUCACAAAUACCUGAUGAUCAAGUCGAGAAAAAGGUUAAUGAUAACGAUUCUAUAGCUAAUUCUGGAAGUACAGAAACUAACAGUCCGUUUGAUGAUAAUAGUGCAUCAUCGAAUAGAUUAACAUACAUUGCUCAAUUAAAAAAACAAAAUUUAAAACCAGAAGAUGUGUUAAAUAUCAUAGCUAGAAAAGAAAUAUUAGCGUCUAUUAAAAUAUGUUGCGAUUGGUUAAAAAGUAAUCCAGAUAUUAUACGAAUAUGUGGAAAAAGUUCACGCACGUUGUUAAAACGUGUUACAAUUUUGUUGAAUUUAAUCAAUAUAAAUACUAAAACAUUAUUGACAAAUUUUAAGGACGACAGCAUGAUUUUAUCGAGUGCAGAUAAAUUGAAAGAAUGCGUGAAGAUAGUUCCAUUACCGGAAGAUAUUGAUUUGAGAGGAUUAAAUCUUCUGGAAGAUGCCCAAAAAUCUUUGAAUUGGAAGAUACUUUAUAAGCAUAAAAUGAAUAAGCAAGAAGAAACCCUACUGAGAGCACUAAAAUUAAUUGAAUUUGGACAUUUUCUUAGCUCCGUCGAAGAUGCAGGAGUAAAAUAUGAAGAAGCAAAACAGUUGUUUGUGACAAUUGAUUUAAAUACUUCUCAUACAAUUGCUAACGGUAAAGAUUGGGAUAUGGAUCAUUCUCGUGGGAAAUUAAUGAGACACAUGGGAAAAUUAUGGUUAAAAGCGGAAGUCUGUGCUCUAGAGACUCGUUUGAGAUCUAGGCUUAUGUCUCCUUACUUGGUACCUGAUCAUGAGGCUUUAUCUAAGCAUACACCAGCUUUAAAGCGUUUGGUAUACGCUAAGAAGUUUAUUGUUGUAAUUCCUAGUGUCGUUGUUUCUGCAUUGGACGAGGUAAAACGUAUUAGUGGCCGAGCAAGAGAAGCAACACGUUGGUUAGAAGCUCAAUUGAAGCGUGGCUCGAGAUUUCUUCGAGCUCAAAGACCUCAUGAGCGUCUAGCAUUGCCGUUCAUUAAAGGACCAAGACCAAAGGAUAAAGAAGCGUGGUUAUUUUUCCAAAUUAUAGAGUGUUGCCACUAUCUUACUCAACAGACGAAAGUUGGUAUGAUAAAUGAUGCAGAAAUGCCAGUUGUGACAUUACUGACUGGUUGUAAUCCAGAUGAAAAGAGAGUCCUUACUUUUAGCCCUGAAGGAUUGGCAAAGAGCGCAGGUGUCAAUAUCGAAUAUAUUGAAUCAUUUCAUACAAAAUGGAAGGCCUCAAGCAAAAGCCACGGUUGAACAUAUUGGAUUAAUAGAGAUGAUCAUCUGUUCCUUACUGAAAUGAAAGGCCCUUCUUAACAGCUGUGUAUACAGCGACGCUACGGCAUCAGCUGAGAAGCCGAGUCAGAGAGGGCUGGAAACCCAGAAAGGAAAAUCGACGAUUCUGCAAUAAAAGUGGAUUAAUAUAUUUUUUUCAUGAAUUCUAAAUAAUAAAAUGGUUUCCUUUUAAUCAGUCGUAUUGUCUUUUAUGUUAAAAAGAAAUUGUAUUUUUAGGUAAAUAUUUUUCAAUAAAAAUAAACUUGCCUUCGCAA